GCGCCCACAGAGCCCCUUCCUGUCUCCGCUGGGCCUCCCGGCCGCGGGGCGCGGCUUCGCGGCGAGUCAGCUGUUUGUCCCUUGGGAUUCCGAGAGGCGGAAACCCGAGGGGCGUGGGGAGGGGCUUGGCGCGUCGGGGAGGACGCCCGCCCUACGUGCUCGUUCCCUCGCGACCGCAGCGCGCGAGCCCCGUGUCCCCGCAGCGGGCGGCAGCGGCGGCGCCAGGCGCAGGGGGCGGAGGGAGCCCGCGGCGGCUACAGCGAAAUGGCGGAGACCGUGGCGGACACCCGACGGCUGAUCACGAAGCCGCAGAACCUGAAUGACGCCUACGGGCCGCCCAGCAACUUCCUCGAGAUCGACGUGAGCAACCCCCAGACCGUGGGGGUCGGCCGCGGCCGCUUCACCACCUACGAAAUCAGAACAAAUCUUCCAAUUUUCAAGCUGAAGGAAUCAACUGUUAGAAGAAGAUACAGUGACUUUGAGUGGCUGCGAAGUGAAUUAGAAAGAGAGAGCAAGGUUGUAGUCCCCCCACUCCCUGGGAAAGCAUUUUUGCGUCAACUUCCUUUUAGAGGAGAUGAUGGAAUAUUUGAUGACAGUUUUAUUGAAGAAAGGAAGCAAGGGCUGGAGCAGUUUAUAAACAAGGUUGCUGGUCACCCGCUGGCCCAGAAUGAACGUUGUCUUCACAUGUUUUUACAGGAUGAAAUCAUAGAUAAAAGCUAUACUCCAUCUAAAAUAAGACAUGCCUGAGAUUUGGUGAGAAGGGGCAAAACGUGACCAUUUGUGAUUCAUAGGCACCAGUGAAGAAGUUCUAACUUAGCAUGCUGCACAGGAGCUGGCGUAACAUGCCUUCAGUGAACUAACACUCACAUGCUCAGUUGUGUUUUGUUUUGGCAGUUGACAAGAAGUUAAUUUGCUUUAGUGAAAACCCCCUCACCCCAGCCUUUCUAUACGAAUAGCUCUUCCUUGCUGUUUGAUGUGGUGUACACUAUAGCCUCACAAAUCUCCUAGUACAAUCCACUCUGUCCUAACUAAAAUUACUUUGUCUCAUUUGCACA